CCGCGUGUCGGUCUCUUCCUCUCUCUCUCUUUGCUAGUCUUCUGAGCGCUGUCACAUCUUAUCUUAUUCGAACUGGACCUCCUCCGCUCGGCAUCUAAGAGCUUUUGCCCCCCCCCGGUUGAAUUACCCCUGUCCAAUCAUCCAGCAGCCAUGUCUGCGCCAGGCGGGGCCCCGAGCCCAGCUCCCCGAAGUGGAAGUAUGGGGCCCGGUCCAGGUGGGAUGUCGAUGCCUCCUCAACAACCCAUGACCAACACCGGCCCUGUGACGCCUGGCCCCCCUGCUCCGCCGCCGCCGCCGCCGGGGGGACCGAUGUCGCAGCAAAAUCUCAAUCAAAUAGUAUGUAUUCGUCUCUCAUUCCUGGUCCGUUGUGCUCUGUGCCGCGGAAGGUGGUUCUUGCGGAGAUGGGGGUGUUGUGCGGGUUCAGGCAUGUUAUUGUGUAUUCACAUUGCAGACGUCGCAGUGAAGGUGCCGUGAGGGUGCUUCAAAUUGCUUACCGUUCAACGGUCACUGUCGUUAUUCACAAAGAGACGAAGCCGUUAAACGUGUGACUCUGGUUGUCCUUUG